AUGAAGAAAUCUGGUGCGAAACCGAACCGGAUUGUCAAGGCGAAAAAGAAUGCGCGACGGAGCACGCCGCACACGAAAAACUAUCGCUUUCAGUCCUUCUCCGACCGCAUUACAAACCUCAAAAUCGACCCGGUGCGACGGAAGCGACAUGUAGAAAAGGAGGAGGUUGUCGAGGAGAACACUCAUUCCUACUUUGGGAGUUCGUUGGAGGCAUGGAAGGACACCAAUCUAUCGCAGACUUUUACCGAUUUUGCGCGGGCAGCCACUCCGUUGAGCGACAACUUGCCCAUGGUCCUGCACAAUGAGGAGGGAAUCAUGAAUUUGCUGGUGGAAUACAUCGAAAAGGGAGAUGAGCUGGCAAUGGAGCCGCUACUGGCCCUUUUGGCACAUUUUGCGCAUGAUUUGGACACUCGCUUCGAGGCGCAUUUCCAGCGAGCCGUCUCCACUGUAGCGGCCAUUGCAGCAAAGCAUCCGGACUUUGCGGUCAUUGAGUGGAGUUUCACAUGUCUAGCAUGGUUGUUCAAGUAUCUGUCCAGAUUAUUGACUCCCGAUUUGCGUCCACUAUACGAUCUCCUCGCACYAUACCUGGGCCAGAAAGAGGUGAAGCCCUUCAUCGUGCGAUUCACCGCGGAAGCCCUCAGUUUUCUCCUCCGAAAGGCUGCUGUCAUCUACCAGCGAGAUGAGGAACCUCUGGACCGUGUUAUGGAGCACAUGCUCAAGGACUGCAAGAACACCAUGGCGAACACUUCCGCAGACCUACUCCAGCAGGGUACCAUGACUCUGCUUACGGAAUCCGUCAAAGGUAUACAGCAUGGGAUCCAUUCGAGCGGAGUUCCCGUGAUGUUGAGUUUUUUCAAGCAUGCCGAGGAAAAUCUGGACGAUGGCGACCAGGUCAUGGAGAACGUCGCAUCAGGAGUGCUGACCAGUCUGAUACAUCACUGUAUGGACGGAUCGUUUCAGACAAUCCUUGAUGCCCUCUUGGCUUACAUCGACAAGACCAUCCUCACACCUACAAACCAAAAUGUGCGCUUCUGCAGCACUAUGCUCUUUACAGUCAUUUCCGUCCGCAAAGGUUCGCGGAUAUCAGAUUGGAAGGCCGUCAUGAAGGCGGUAAAAGGAUUAAUCACCGCAGCGGGCGGAUUGCCGGAGCUCACAUAUGUCGCUGCACAUCCAGCACUUGCUCUAUUGGCCAUAGCAUUACAAACAUCAUCCAUCGAUGCAGUGCUCGCGACCAGGCAGACCAUUGAAAACCUACGGAGCGGCAAGUGGUCGAAAUACUUUCUCACUUUCUGCGACAUGGUAUCGCGACUCGGGUUGGAGAGGUUCAACGACUUUGUCCUUUCACAUCUUCAGAAGUUCGUUUUGGAGCAUUCACAAACUGCGAGCCUCGAGUUGUGCACAUUGCUGCCCAGGUUUGCCAAAAGCAAGCCGGGCACGAAGUUCAAGUGCCCUUCAAAGAUGGUUGACGCACUUUUGACUGAUAUCUCUGCUGUUGAGUCCGGACUGAACGACGCAUCAGAAGACAAAACUGUACUGGGAAGAGCGAACAUGGCAUUAUCAGCACUGCCAUAUCUGGUGUCUGAAAAGGAACAAAAUGAGAGAUUAGAGACGCUUCUCCUGGGAUUGGUGCGCAAAGGACUUGAUCAGGGCGGAGCUCUUCAAGAUUUUGCACUCGGACCUGGCUUGGAGCAUGAUCUUGUGCAACGUGAAGACAUCACCGACACCGAGAUUUUGGAUUUGUGGAUUCCUCUUUGCGCUGCCAGUUCGGAUCUUGCUUCAUUGCCAAGUUUCUGGUCCAAUCUAGUCCGCUUCAUCAAGAAAUGCAAACCGUCCAAUGUCACGGGCCCACACAUUGAGACGCUUGAGAGCUCGCUUGUGGCUUCCCUUUGCUCACCAUCACACUCUAUCCGAACAGAUGCCUUGCACAUCCUGCAGGCGCUUUACCGUAUCAGAGACAUUCCCGAGCCAGAAGCUCUAGCUGCAGCCAUAACGAUCGAAUCAACUCCAGCGUCACUCGAUACCGCACGCUCAAUUUCGAUGAACAUUCGUAGAAUGGCAUCCGAAUUUGCCAAGCUUACAGAGGACGAUUUGAUGGUUCGCGCAAUUCCCACGUACUGCUUCGGAUUGCUCCAUGUGCAGCUUUCACAGGCCUGGGAUGAUGCAACGACCGCCUUAGCGUCCAUGUGCCAGUCGAAAGCGGGUGAAGAUGUCGUGAUGACACUAGCUCAAUCUUGGAUAGAUGGGAAAGCUUCCACCGAGGAUGAUGAGGUUCAGCUUCCAACCAUUGUAGACGUCGACACCGAUGGUUUCAAGGUGUUCUCGGAUUUCGAAUGUCCGAACUUGGCCAAGAUAUCUGCCAUCUCCAAGCAAGUUUUCACGGAGCCGUUGAGCGGCCUCCCAUCUCCAACGCAAAAGCUCGCCCUCGAUUUGAAGCGUGUGCCAGUCAUUACACCCACUGCUCGAAGCCAAGCUUUACGGGUGUUGCACAAGAUACCGCACAUUGCCGAAAAACGGUCACGCAUAUUGGUGCCGGUCCUUUUGAAAUGGGCAGCGGGCUCGCAGUCUCAGUCUGCGGACGAAGACACCGCAGACCGCUGGGCAAGAAAAGAUCAAAAAGCGAUGCUAGCCGUCUUUUCGCAGUUUUUCAAUCCAUCCGUUCUAUUCCGUUCAAGCGAGGUACACACCGCUCUGCUUGCGCUGUGCGCAAACGGCGAUGUCGAGAUUCAGCAAUCCGCACUCAAGGCAAUCUUGGCUUGGAAAGAGACUUCUGUUGUAAGAUACAAGGAACAUCUGACCAACUUGCUGGACGAAGCUCGUUUCCGCGAAGAGCUCUCGGUGUUCCUGCGAGGGGAGUCAAGGGACGAAGAAGAGGGCAUUCGACCAGAAGACUACGCCGGACUCAUGCCUGUACUUCUGAGAGUUCUAUACGGAAGAGCUGUUGCAGGUGGCAAAGAGGGACAGGCUGGUCGGCGAAAGGCGAUCUUUGUCGCCCUGUCACGGUUCGGUCGUGACACACUGGRACAGUUCCUGGACAUUGCACUUUCUUCUGUCGUGGAUCUUCAAAGCAAGUUUGACAUCACCGAGUCGGGUACAAAGGCACCACUCCGCCAACAGUUGGGUAUGAUGUACAUGUUGAACGAUMUGCUGCAAGUCCUGGGAGCAGAGCUCGAACCUUCCAUCUCGAAACUCAUGAAUGGUAUCCUGGCUUGCACUGCGAACGCAUCGCGGAUGGUUGAGAAGAGCUCCGCGGAGGAGGAAAGCGCAGAUCUGGCCAUGCUGCGAUCCAUUCGUCAAACGGGCGUCCAGUGUUUGGUUAAGAUUUUUUCGACCAUGAGUGACUUCGACACCAGAUAUUACGGACAACUCAUCGCAGGCAACCUGAUUGUCCCGCGACUUCAAGCCUUUGCAAAUGAGAACGCGCAGUCGGUUUCUGGUAGUCUGCGGCUCAUCUCAGCUUGGACAGCCCAUCCCACAACUGCCACACUCUUCACAAGAACCGGAGGUCAGAUGCUCGAAAGUGUAGCUGCUCUGCUGCAGAGUCCCCACUCCAAGGAUGAAGUCCGUCUAUUCAUCCUGCAGCAUAUCUUGGAUAAUUUGUUCCACGACACCAUUGAAAACGAAAUCCUUCAGCCAAGAGUCUCAGGCUUCGUUCAAGCCAUCGGCGCGGUCAUCGAGCAACAACCUAACARAGAGAUCUUGGACGCCUGUGUCAAAUCUUUCUCCAUGCUUGCUGGGCGUAUAACCUCGCAAAACGAAGCAGUGAUUGUCACGAGGAUUUGCACAGAUCUACUAAAGAAGCCGGGCAAGGCAGUUUCUCCGUGGAUCAAAACUGGCCUACUCCGGACUCUGGCACCUUUGAUCGAGAGAUUCGAGGUCAGCGGCGCCAAGGAGAGCCUGUAUCCUGCUCUUUGCGCACUAUUCUCAAGAUUGAAGGACUCAGAGAGCCGCAUCUUGCUUGCCGACGUCUUGUCGAAGCUGGUUCGCGAUGACGAGAAGCUAGUGUAUGCGGCGAGCAUCUGCGCGGACAUGAACGCUGCCGGGACACGACUGGACGAGCCGGACCACGAACGACGCGAUAUGGCUUUCAAGAAAGUAUAUCAAGACUUCGCGACGCUGAGCCUGGAACAAUGGCUUCCUAUCGUGCACAAUUGCCUCUUUUACAUUCGUGAUGGCGAAGAUCGAGUUAACAGGACUAGCUCGUCACGCGCCUUGGAGCUGUAUAUCGACGCUGCUGCUGAUCAUGAGUCGGAGUCUACGUGGCUAGUCUUCACUGAACAAUCAAUUCUCGCAGGCAUUGAAUUUGGCAUCAAGGAACAAAGUGAGUUAGUUCGAAGCGAGUACCUCGCUGUUCUGGGACAUCUGGUUGAGAAGCUUCCCGCUUGGCAGAAGAUCCAGGGCAUGCAAGGACUGUUAGUUGGCGGUGAUGAAGAAGCGAGCGUUUUCACGAACUUGCUCCACAUCCAACAGCAUCGACGAUUGCGUGCGCUGAGAAGAGUGAAGGAGGAAUCAGCCAAUCUCGGCUCAGCCAAUGUUAGCAAGAUCUGGAUUCCCCUUGUCGAACACUUCGUCUUUGAUGCCGAUGGUGGAGACGCUGGUCGUGGACUGGCAGACGAGGGUGUUCUCACUAUCGGYGCAAUGGCAACAGCUCUCUCCAAGACGGCUUUCCGCGGGACCUUCACCAGAUACGCUGGUUAUCUCAAGACUAGACCCGACUUCGAAAAGAUCGUGCUAAGAUUGCUUGGUGCGCUGGUCGACGGCAAGAAGAAAGAAGAUGGCGACUCAGAUACCAAGGCCAUUCUCUCUGAACAGCUUCCGCCCUUGAUGGAAUACCUCCACAAAAAGGACGAAUCGACUGUUGAUAGGCGAAUGCCCGUUGCUGUUACGAUCGUGAAGCUCCUCAAAUCUCUGCCCGAGGAAGAAUUCAAGGCAAGACUGCCGGCCGUUCUGACGGACGUGUCGCAUGUCUUGAGAAGUAAGAGUCAAGAGGCUCGAGAUCAGACAAGGAAGGCACUGGCAACUAUCGCCUCGCUUGUUGGUAGUCAAUACUUCGGCUUCAUCUUGAAAGAACUGAGAGGUGCGCUGAAGCGAGGACCGCAAUUACAUGUGUUGAGUUACACAGUGCAUUCGCUCCUCGUGCAAGGCAACUUUGAGACUGGCGAGCUGGCCGAAUGCUUGCCACAUCUCAUGAUGGUCGUCAUGGAUGAUGUGUUUGGUGAGACUGGCGCUGAGAAAGAUGCAGAGGAGUAUCGAAGUGCCAUGAAGGAAGUGAAGAGCAGCAAGUCAUUUGAUACUCUGGAACUUCUGGCUCGCACAACAGCCGUGAAGCAGCUCGGUGCUCUUGUUGCUCCCAUCAGAAGUCUUCUUGAGGAAAAGGUCGACAUGAAGACUGUGAAGAAAGUUGACGAACUCUUCAUUCGCUUGCGUAAGGGUCUGGACAUGAACCCCGAGAGCGAUAGCACGGAAAUGCUUACGUUUUGCUGGGAGAUUGUUCAGACCGUGCGUCUGGAGACAGAAGCCAAAGCCGUUGCAAAGGCGCCCAAGAAGGUGGAUGAGAGGGUGCAACGCUAUCUCAUUCAACCGGAAGAGCCCAAGAAGUCUAAGAGUCGCGGUUCCACAGCAUCAUACUCCUUCAAGCUCAUCAGCUUCUCGCUCAAUCUGCUCAGAAAGAUUCUCAAAAGGCAUGAAGACUUACAAACGCCGCAAAAAAUGAAAGGAUUCUUGCCUGUUGCUGGAGAUGCGCUCGUAGUUGGACAAGAAGAAGUCAAACUCGCGGCUUUGCGAUUCUUGGCUACAAUCAUGCGCGUAGCAGGUCUGACAGAACUAGACGAGAACGCUCCCGUCUACUUGAAGGAGUCGUUCGACCUUCUCAAGGCUGCGCCAUCUCUUACCACAGACUCUGCAAAGGCCGCACUGGAACUCGUUACUUCUGUCCUGAGAGAACGAAGAAGCGUGAUCGUCAAAGAGCGGGAUCUUGCGCUACUGCUCAAGAAGCUCAAAACGGAUAUCGACGAGCCAGAUCGACAAGUGAUUGUCUACAAAUUCCUUCGAGCAGUUCUCGGGAGGAAGAUUGUCAUGGCGGAAGUCUAUGAAGUCUUGGAUGCGGUUGGCGAAGUCAUGGUUCAGAACCCCACUGGCAGUAUCCGAGAAGCUGCGAGAAGCGCUUAUCUGCAAUUCGUUCUGGAAUACCCUCAAGGCAAAGAUCGAUGGGUCAAGCAGACRACGUUCCUCACUGCGAAUCUGAAAUUUGAACAUGCGAGUGGAAGGAUGAGCGUCAUGGAGUUUUUGAGCUUGUUGGUUGRAAAGGUCAGCGAGGAGGUUCUUGGUGAGAUUGCCGGGACUAUUUUCCUACAUCUCAUGCCUGUUCUUUGCAGUGAUGUUGAUGCAAAGUGCCGGGCAAUGUCGGGACUAUUGAUCGGAAGGAUCUUUGAGAGGGUUGGAGAAAAAGAGCUGGCGAAGAUGACUGCCUUGAUGGGCAAGGGGUCUUGGUUGGGCGAAGGAAAGAAAGCCGAGGUCAGGGGAGGCGCGCUGCAGUGCUGGAGUAUCCUACUCCGCUCAAGGGAGAAUCUUCUCAAGAAGCAGCUCGAAAUCCUUCGCGGAGAUGUUCAGGAUGUGCUUGAUGGUGGUGCCGAAGAUGGAGAGCUGGUACAGCCGCAACUCGUGCUGCAUGCCUUACGCACAAUGACUGCUCUUGUCGACGUUGCGCCUGAUGUUGCCUUGAGCAAGUCUGCUGCAGGACUCUGGACGGCGCUGAGAAGUCUUCCUGUCAACUCCGAGACGAUGGAAGCUAUCCAGGAAACUGUCGCCAAUCUGCUCGGAACGUUCUUUACGGACGUCGCAAGCUCGAGCUCCAAAACACCCAAGGGUCUUGCUGGGCUGCCACUCCGCGGCACUGGUGGACUGGAGAUCUCUGGACAGGACAUGCGACAACUUUGCUCGACGGAGCUACGCGCUCUUCGUGCCAUUGUCUUCAAGACAAGCGACGUGUUGAUUACCCAGAUUGUACGCAACCUGGUGUUCUUGGGUMGUUGCUUUGCCGCAAACGGAAUGAUCUGGAACGAAAAGGCGGAAGAAGACGAAGACUCGGACGACGCCGAAGAAGACCAAAAGACAACGCCACCAGAAAGCAACACUGCUCUGGAGUACCUCUUCCGCCGCCUAUCUUCUGCCCUUCAAGCAGACAAAUUUGCGCUCGCAUCUCGCAACGCAGCAUUGCAAACCAUCUCCGCUCUCCUAAACCAACUGGAAACCGUGCCGGCUCUACAGCACGUUCUCCGCCCACUGUACAAUCYCACGGAUAGUUCCAUCCCGCAGCCUCCAGGAGAGCUAUACAAAGCGCUCGCAGACAAAGCACAGGAAGUCAUGGACGUCAUCCAAAAGAAAGUCGGCGCGGAACAUUUCGUGGAAGAAUUGGGCAAGGUACGAGCGCAAGCCAAGGGCCGACGAGAAGGACGACGACAGAAGAGAAGAAUUGAAGCUGUUGCUGAGCCUGAACGGUGGGCCAAGGAGAAGAAGAAGAAGUAUGAGAGUAAAAAGAUCAAGGCGAAGAGUAAGGGCGAGGAAGCUAGGGGCAAAAGGAGGGGUUGGUAG